UACAAAAAAAAUGAUUAAAACAAUUGCAAAGCAAUUGACGACAACAGUGGGAAGCCCCAUUGUAAUUACAGCACAAGGAAAAACAAAGCUGAAAUGAUUAGGAUGCUGCUGCUAUAUUUUUGAUUUUGCUAAUGUGGCAAUUUGUAUCCACAUUGAUUAGUGCACUGGGAGCUCAGCUCCAGAAUCCUUCCUUUUGCAAAUGAUGAUCCCAGCCCUGUUGCCCCAUUGGCUCGCUGCAAUCUCCCUAGGCGACGAGAGGCCGUGUCAGGCCUAAAGGAACAUUCCCCACAUGGCUCAUUGGCUUCAGGCGUCGCCAGGGGCAACAGGACAACACGGAGCCUCAGCAAGGCUUUGCAGUUUUCUCGUAGGUGAGCAUCCCCAGUGAGCCUGGUGACUUUCCUGGCUGGGGGAAUCCUCUUUGUGGAGUUUGUUUGCACCCGUGGUUGGCUUGAACAGCUACUGGCACUAUGUCUCACCCUGGUAUCCUCCUGACCAAGGAGCCAGCUCCCCAGACCAUCCCUGUCUCCGAGUUGCCCAUGAAAGUCUACGAGCCGGCGCUGAACACUGGCCCUGAUUCCUCCAGUGGUUUGGCCACCGCUGGCUUCCGCACAGCCAAGUACCUGCCUGAGGAAUGGCACCAGCACAACUACGCCCGGUACCACGAAGCCUUUGCCGAUCGCGACCACUCCGAGCGAGUCCGCCUCGAGUCCCAGAACGUGGCUGCCUACACGGCGGAGCUGGCUCAGCGUACCCAGGAGGACUCCACCGUUAAGGUAGGCGAACGCCUCCAGGACAUCCACUUCUGGAAGUCGGAGCUCCAGAGGGAGAUUGAGGACCUCACAGAGGAGACGAACUUGCUGGCAGCCCAGAAGCUGCGCCUGGAGAGGGCCAUCGACGCUACUGAGAUCCCGUACAGCAUCGCCAUGGACAACCUGCAGUGCCGCGAGCGCCGGCUGCCUCCUGAUCUGGUGAGGGACCAGGUGGAGGUGGAGUUGCUCAAGGAAGCUGAGCUCAUCAGAAACAUCCAAGAGCUACUGAAACGAACUGUGAAGCAAGCUAUUAAUCAGAUACAAUUAAAUCGAGAUCACAAGGAGAUCUGUGAAAUGGACUGGUCUGACAAAGUCGAAACUUACAACAUUGACGAGAAAUGUGGGAGGUACAAUAACCAGAGCACAAACAUCCAGUUCCAUCCAAGCACAUCGAGGUUCGAGGACAGCGCUUCCACGCCCGAGACGUGGGCCAAGCACAGCCACGACAACAUCUAUCGGGCCGAGCGAGAGAAGCUGGCGUCCAUCAAUCUCCGUGCCCUGAUCGACAACAUCCUCCGCGACACGGCCGAGGACCUCCGCAUGCAGUGCAACCGGGUGAACGACGCCUUCGCCCAGCAGCUGGAGGUGUUGGAGGAUGCCAAGCACAAACUGGAGCAUCACCUGAAGAAAACUCUUAAGGAAAUUGGAGAUCAAGAGCACAACAUUGAAGCUCUCAAGCAAGCUAUUAAAGACAAGGAAACUCCACUCAAGGUGGCUCAGACGAGGCUCUAUGACCGUUCAUUCAGGCCCAAUGUGGAUCUCUGUAGAGACGCUGCUCAGUUUAGGCUGGUCAGUGAAAUCGAAGAACUGACAGCGUCCAUUGAGGCUCUCAAGAAGAAGCUUCUGGAGUCAGAGCAGGCACUGCGCAACCUCGAAGACUCUCGGAUGAGUCUCGAGAAGGAGAUUGCCGUGAAGGCCAACAGCAUCUUUAUUGACAGGCAGAAAUGCAUGGCACACCGAGCGCGAUACCCUACCAUCCUCAGACUAGCAGGCUAUCAGUAGCCACUGCUGCCUCCUGUAGAGGAGAGCGACCCACUUGCCUCGACUGACGAGAGAUCAGUUGCACAGGAACGUGAACUUCUCUUCCCUCCCCCAGUUUUUGGUUUGUGUUGAAAUAAAAUGCAGAUA